CGUGUCGGGGAAACUUCUCAGUGUCUCCCGAGUUGCACGGAGGAACAAAUACGCGAAAAAUAAACAAAGAAAGAAGAGAAACCAGAAAGAAAACUCCGUGAGAGGGAGAUAAAGGCGUCGAAGAAGUGAUAAUCACGUGGGAGAGAGAGAGAGAGAGCGAAAAAAAGUGCUUAGUGUAAGCCAGAAACAGGUGUUGUAAGAGGUAGCCAUGGUAGGAGUUCCUGUUGGCAGCGCCACGUGACAACGCCCUCUCCCAACAGCCAAGCCUACCCUCACCCACCCUUCCUUCGCCGCCUGCAGUAUGUCUGGGGAGAGCUACACUCGGUGGCACAAUCAGGCCAGCGAGGACGAGGAUGAGGACGAGGCUGGGGAGGGUGGAGGAGGAGGAGGAGGAAGAAGGGGGGUGAGGCUGUCCGGCGGGGGGGUCACCAUCGUCACCUCCCCGUCGCACCAUCACCACCAUCGCCAUCUCCAACACCGUCAGGAGCUGAGUCCCGGCGCCCGUGCGAGGCUCCUGUGCAUUAUGGUCCUGGUGUGCCUGACCUGCCUGACGACGGGCGUCCUCCUUGGCUACUACGUGGGGUCGGCGGAAGGGCGUGGGAGAGAGUUCAUCCUGGAGGAGGCGGCGAAGGAGGAGCAAGAGGCGCCGCCCGGGGGGGUCCUGCCCUCCGGAGACGCGGCUGGGGAGGUCGAGGACGAGGAGGAGGAGGAGGAGAACUUGUUAGCCUCGGCUCUCCUGAAGGAGCUGAAGCCGGGGAUGAUCAAGGGGUAUAUGAGGCAGCUCCAGCAGACCCCGAAGACGCUGCUGGCGGACUACCUGGAGAGCGCGUGGAAAGCCCAGGGCCUCCAAACGUCCGCGACCUCAUUCACCGUCAACCUCUCGAAGCCGGACCCCGAGCAGCCGAACACCCUAGAAGUGACGUACAGCGACGGCCACCGAGAGCUCCUGAACCCCCUUCCGCAGACGCUCCGCUCCUCCCCCUUCCUCGCUUUCAGCGCCGCCGGGUUGGUGACGGGCGCGGUGGUCUACGGGCACUACGGGCGGCGAGAGGACCUGGUGAAGCUGCAGGCCCUCAAGAUCCCCCUCGAGGGCGCCAUCCUCCUGCUGAGACACGGGAAGAUUCACGACGGAUCCAAGGUGCACAACGCCGAGCAAGCGGGGGCGGCGGGCGUGCUUCUGUACCCCGACCCGCAGGACUUCGUGGGCGUGAAUGGGCGUUUCCCCAACGGCACCGGCUUGCCUAGCGACGGCGUCACGUGGAGCUCCCUCAACACCGUGCCCGGAGACCCCGCCACGCCCUUCCUGCCGAGCCUCUAUCAGAUCUACAAGGCCCCCGGAGCUUCGAAGACCCUCCCCCGCAUCCCCGCCCAGACCCUGAGCGCCGAGGCAGCUGGGCGUGUCCAGGAGCUGAUGGGCGGUCCGGAGGUGCCCGAGGGCUGGCAGGGCGGCCUGGACACCUUCUAUCGCGUGGGCGGGACCUGGAUCGGCGGCACGGGCGUGGUCAACGUGACUCUGGCCGUCAGCAACAUCGUGUACCAGGAGACGCUGACGAACGUGCACGCGACGCUGCCCGCCGCCGAUAACACCAAGUUUGUGAUGCUAGGCUGCCACUACGGCUCGCUCUACACUGAACCCGCUGCUGGCAUGGCGGGGCUGUUGGCAAUUAGCGAGGCUGUUGGCAAGCCUUUCCCUCGGGCACUCAGAGUUGCCCCAGGAUGGGAGUUGGAUGAAUGUUUAGAUAUGAUUAAAGAUUAG